UUUUUUCAUGGGAAUAAAACUUCAGUUUUUUUCUUUGAAAGGGUUUCCCAAAGGGUUGUUAUUGACCCCUUAUGGGUCAAUCAAAGUUUGAGGAGGUUAAUACAGCUUUGCAAAUAUAAGAAGUGUUUUUAAAAAUUAUGCAAGAGACUAUGGCAUAUAUAUUUAUAUAUAAUAUAUUUAGUAUAUAAUAUUGAAGGGGUUAAUGGAAAAAAAAUUUUUCUUUAAAGGAUUGGAAAUCCCCGGUCUAUGAGGAAAGUGGUGCUUUGAUUUGCAAUACAGAUAUGUUUUUCUCAGCAAAUAAGAUGUUGGUGAAUUUGCUAUUUUUGUGCUGAGGAUGAUUUCUGAUAUAGAUAUAUAGUUUAAUCAAUAAAUAAAUAAAACAAGGCCUGGUUAUUGAAAAAUGCAAUUCACCUACUUUCUGCAUUGAAAAACACCUAGUCAAGUUUAUAAGUUCUAAGAUACAAGAAUCCCCCUAUUCCAUUAAAAGCUCGAUACAACUGGUAGAGAAGCUGAGAAGCAUUUCUCUUAAAGAUAAAGAAUAUAUGACUGUAAUGGAUUAUAAGGCUUUAUACCCUUCAAUAAGGUUACUGCCAUGUUUUUGUGCAUUAAGAGAUUUCCUUUUUACUAACAUCAAAAAUGCAAGGAAAUACCACAAGCACAUUUUAGAGCUGGUUGACUUAGUAUGUUAUACAUCAUUUUUCAAUUUUGAAGAAAAGACAUAUCUACAAGGAAGAGGGGUGCUAAUGGGUAACCCAAUGUCUGCUGUCUUAUGUGAAUUAGUCUUGCAUCAGCUGGAAAGCAAUAUCCUGCCCAUUUUUCAAAAUGACAUAAUAUUAUACUGCAGAUACAUAGAUGAUAUUUUCAUUCUGUGGAGAAAUGAUAACAACGUGCAAUGUUUUCUAAACACAGUCAACAAUAACCCAUAUGGUUUGACAUUGGAUUUAGAGCAAGGGAGUGGUGGUAAUAUUAACUUCCUCAAUCUAUCUAUCAUGUGCAAAGAAGGAGAAAUCUGGACAGACAUUUAUCGCAAACCAAUUUAUCAACCCAUUAUUAUUCCAAGGAAUUCUAUCGAUCCUAGGCAUAUUAAAUAUGCAGCAUUUUGGGCAUAUACUCAUUGCACGAGUGUAUAUGAUACUUAUAAAGAGUUGGAUUACAUUAGGAAGACAGCAAUGAAGCAGGGUUACCGGAGAAGAGAGGUGGAUGAGCUUAUUACGAAGUUUCAGAAUCAGAAUUGGGAUUCUCCCAAAAUGAUUCAGGAAAGAAGAGUAGUACUUAAUUAUUUUCCUCUUUUUAAACAAAAUGAUUAAGAGAGUUGCUAAUAGUAAUAAUCUAUGAAUAGUAUAUUGGUGUAAUACAACGAUCUAUAGAAUGUUAAGAAACGAUAAGAGAAAGGAAAAGCGAAAUAAUUUACCAAGAGUAUAUUCUAUACCUAUAAAAGAUCAGUGUUUCAACUCUGACCUUGUUUACGUUGGUGCAACUAUGCGGCAGUUAAAGCAAAGACUCAACGAACACAAAUACUCUGUGAGUAAGAACAUGGAUAGCACAGUGCUUGCAGCAUUUGCCAAACAGCAGGAGGUCAAGGUAUAUUGGGAUCAAGCCUAAAUUAUUAGAGCCAUGAAUUCCAAACAAGCAGUGAAGAAUCUUGAAAAGAUAAAGAUACACAAGGCUCACAUAAGCAAGGGAUGCAUUAAUCAUAGAGAUGCGGAAGGGUUAUCUUAUGCCUGGAAAUCUUUUUACA